GCCGACGCCCUGUUUGUGAUGGUUAUCGGCGGCGGAUUUGAUCAGAAGAUCUACGGUUACGGCAAUCGUGAAGUCGAUAAUGAGAUGUCGUUCACAGAAAUUGUGGACAUAUUCUCCGCUAAUAAUCCUAAGAGUGAUGCGGAUUCAUACGAAGUGAUGAGGAAAAUAAUAGGAGACGACAAGUGGGCGAAGAGAAACGCAAACGACUGACACAAAUGACUACAGAAUCAGAUUCUGUGGAUAUUCUGUCGAAAAGCGAUUCUUCGCAAGAAUUCAAUGAUAAUACUGACGAU